GAGAUCGAGAAGGUUUAGGGUGUUAAAAUUUCGAGAUUCAAUGAGCUAAAUUACAUCUGGCUGGAUAGCCAAUCCUCUCCUACCGAGCAGCUCUCAGCUGUUCUACACCGUUAUCCUGGCAUACGAGAGGAUUGGCGGCCCCAUUUUUGACACAAAGGAAACCAAAGGUGUGUGAGCUGUCAGUCAGCCAGUGUUGGGACGAGUGAAGAAAAAUUUUAUAUCAAUAAAUUCGAUUGCCCGUUGUUUUUUGCUGCUCCAUCGGUGGGACUUGCACGUCGCGAUCUCAGCUACAAUUGAAGGGGUGUUUCUUGGUGUGCAAAGUAAUCCCCUACCAGUCCGGGAUCGGUUUGGGGCUUUUGUUGCCCUGUGUCGCUCUACGUGUGCAGAAUCGCAUUUUCUCGUCCCCACUGUCCGGAAGUACCUAGAGCACACACACACACACACACGCACGCACGCAUACAAGGGGGUGGGUGGAUUCCGAAGAGAAAAACAAUACCAAAAGUAGCAGCAGCUGAAGUAAUCCUGUACAUUCUGGUGGUUCGCACCAUUAUCGUUCCCCCCCGUUCGAACCAAACAAUGUCGAGCAAAAUUGAGGAAGCACAGGAACAUAUCCGACAGGCGGAGAAAUGCUUGAAGACAUCGCUGUUGAAAUGGAGGCCAGAUUUCGAUAAUGCAGCUGAAGAGUAUAACAAAGCAGCCACCUGCUUCCGGAACGCAAAGUCAUUGGACCAGUGCCGUGACUGUCUGAUGAAAUCGUCCGACUGCCAUCGGCAGAACCGUGCCCUGUUUCACGCAGCCAAGUGUCUCGAUCAGGCCAUACUGAUUUGCAAGGAAAUGAACAAUCUCGGCGAUAUACGUAAGCUGGCGGAACGGUCGUGCAAUCUGUACCAGCAGCACGGUUCACCCGAGUCGGGCGCGACCGUGCUGGACAAGGCGGCAAAGAUACUGGAACAGACGCACCCGGAAGAUGCACUGCAGCUGUACAAGCAGGCGGUGGAUGUUGUUACGAUUGAAGAUUCGACCCGCCAGGGUGCAGAGUACGCUAGCAAAGUGGCCCGCAUUAUGGUGAAGCUCGGUAUGUACGAUCAGGCAGCGGACGCAAUCCGGCGCGAGAUCGGACUGCAUCAGCAGGUCGGUUCGGAAGGUGCAAUCGGGAGGCUAGCGGUGGCCCUGGUGCUGGUACAGCUUGCCCGCGGUGACUACGUGGCCGCGGAGAAAGCGUUCAAGGAGUGGGGCAACUGUUGCGAUGCUGCCGAAGUGCAAACGCUGGAAUCGUUGCUGCAGGCAUACGACGACGAGGAUCCGGAGCUGGCACAGCGAGCACUCUCGUCACCGUUCAUCCGGCACAUGGACGUGGAGUAUGCCCGGUUGGCGCGCGAUCUACCCCUGCCGAAGGGUGUUUCGAUCGCACCGAAAGCGAACGUCAUCGAAAAUGCGGCCGCCUCCUACGUGUCCCCCAACAGUGGGGCUGCGGGUGAUGCCGCGGCAAAACCAUCCGGUCCGGGUGCUGGAAACGAUGAUGACGAGGGUGGCCUGUGUUAGUGUGGGGUGCCCAUUGCUACCACAACCCGUUACCACCUGUCCAGCCGGCGCGCGGUGUUGUCCCGUGUAAGCGUUAAAAGUUGUGUGAUACUAUUGCUUUUAUUACUAUUAUCAUUAUGAUUACUCAUUUACGAGUUACAGUGAGCCCGCGGUGCGGUUAGAAGUGCGAUUGCGAUCCUUGGCGCUCUCCCCACCCCCACCUCCCCCGCCCUCCAAGUAUUCUAAAAUCACAAAAACCACUAAGUCACAAAUCGAUUUGAGGCGGCAAAAAUGUUAACGUAUGAAUUAGCAUAUAUGGUUACGAGAAAUGGUUGCAAAAAACAAAAAAAGAACAAACACAAGAUCGGAUGUUGUGCAUUUUACUUCUCCUCAAUGUCUUCUAGUCUAUCCUAUAACGUCCUUGUGUGUGUUUGUGUGCGAGUGGAAACAAUCUGUAUGUAAUUCUAAAACCGUGCUCCACGUAACACUCUGACGAGCGGCAGGGUACGAGUUUCCGUGAAAACAAUCACUCUCUGAAACCCUAUAUUUCGAAACUUAAAUUAUUCUUUAAUUUACGGUUAGGUCUCCGCUUGGUUUAUCCAUACUCUCUUACUGUUGACGAUAGUAUGUAGUUCCGAACAAAACAAAAAGAAAAAGAAAAAUGGCAGCAGCAGCAGUAAAUUACUAUAUAAAACACUACUUAACAACAAUUAUAAAACAAAGCAAAAAAAAAAAAUUACGACGAAAAAAAUACAACAACAACAAUACAAUGUUACGAACACAACUUUCCAAAUCUAUCUCUCCCAUUUUCAUUAGCUAUCUAUGUCAGUAAGUAAUGCUUGGGCGCGCGCAAUUCGGACGAUUUGUUGAAGGCGCAAUUUACCGCAAAGCGAUUUUGUGUGGCCCCCUUCGUGUGUCUAACCACGUGUUGGAGUAACACGGUGCGAGCGAGGUAGAAAUUGCACUGGACAAAGAAGUUUAAACCGCGAUGAAGUAACCACAUUCCAACCACAGGAAAACAUGCUGGCUGCACGUAGUUGGUGAUCGCACGAGGGUACCCCUACACCAUGGCAAACCAAAGAAUGCACCACAUAGAAUCGGGCUGCUAAGUACUCGAAAGGUUUUUGGUAGAAAUUCUACAGCGCGUUAGGCGAAUUUUGGCUGGUCGUUCGGUUUUCAUUCUCCUGACAUGACUAGCACACUCAGGCUGGCCUAGUGAGUCUUAUUCGGUGCAUAAUAUUGUGGUACAAAUUUAUAGGUAACUGAAGGCGGUUAGGAGGAAUUUGUUGACAUGAAAAAGGAGUCCAUGCUUCAGAGGCGUCGAAGGCAGUCGAAGACAUACAACCCGUCUAUUGUUUCCAGUCUUCUUCUCUCUUCUUGGUCUAACGAUCUCUCUUAGGUCAUGCCCGCCAUUUGAUGCCACGCAGUUGGAUAGUCCGUACCCACCUACUGGGAAACGGUCCGAAUGGAAUUUGAGCUCUAGCACUGGGGCGGCCCAGUUUCCAGUAUUUGGCUUAAAAAACAAGAACCAAAAGUACAUUAGAGGCCAACCGUCCUCUCCGUAGAAGAACGUUCUCUUGAUCUAAAUUUUUUACCAAUUCGCUCUUGCAGUGUCAGGAUCUGAUUUGACUUUUAGAAGAUGUCUUCUAAAGCCUUCAUCUUCUACUACUCUGCUUCGUUGAGGAAGAUCCUUACUGAUAGCUGUAGGGUCUUGUUCCUCACCACCCUAGGUAGUCCGCUUGCUACUAGCAACAUUACUAUGCUUCUCAUGCAGAAUUUGCCACACAUUUGCCAGGGUCAUAAGCAAUUUUACCAACCGAUUCUAUGUGGUACUUUUCUUAAAACUAAAAUCAAGCAUUAACAACACAACACAUAAUCUACAGUGCGUGCAGAGAGGCACAACUCCAGUUUUUUGCCAGUAGAAAGCCUACACAACAAAACAAUGCAAAACCAAACUUUGUGUGUGUGUGGGCUAAUACAUAUAUAAAUUAUCAAAGCAAAAGAGCAAGAAAUUAAAACACACACACAUACAGUAGACAAAAAAGGAUAAAAAGCUUAACAAAACACAAGGCAAGAGCGUGCGUUUCCUUCUUCCCAUCCAACGGAGCCUGGUGUAGUGUACCUAUCUACCGGCCUGCUUCAUUAAAUGAGGUUUACAUCAAUUAUAUUAACUACUAGAUAGAGCAAUUGAUGGACGACGAUGUUGACACUGACGGAUCCGACUACCACCCCUCCCAAAAUGUGUGUGUGUGUGGCUGUUAUCUUGCUGUAGAGAUGAAAUGUAGUGAGAUGAAACAAAUCCCACAAGGCAAAACACUACAAAGAAAGAGAAAGAGAGGGAGAGAAAGAGAGACAGAACUAUGUUUUUAAUCGAUCGAUAUCGUUCCUUCGUUCGGGGAUUAUAUUAACUCGUCUUAGUAGGCCGUUACCGCGAUGGACAAAAAGAAGAGAAACGAAAAGAAAAGUUAAAACAAACACAAACAAAACACUGGGCUAGUGAAAAACAAGAGGAAAAGCAAGAUGAAAAGAUAUAAGAAUCACAAAACGUUCGUACAAGCACAACACGCAAAGAAGGCAACAAAAGAGUGUUAAGUAGCGAAAGAGGAAAAUAGUAAUAUCGAAAGACGUUCUGCAAUGAAAAGAGUAGAUCAAGCUACUGUUCUAGUGUGUGUUAUGGACUGUUGGCAUUUUUGCAGCGCUGCGAGUCAUAUAAUGGAACUUUUACAAUUAAGUUGUGAAUUUUUGCAAUUAGCUGUGGAUUAAGGACUCUCCAGGCAGGACCGCGGUUCAAAUCCCAUCCGGACCCGCGACCCCAACUACGAGGUAAGCCAAAAAUGGCAGGUAUGAUCUUAAGAGUUCGUUUGGCCAAGAAGUGUGAGAGAGAGAGAGAGAGAGAGAGAGAGAGAGAGCUUUCAAGCUCCUACAACCGACAGCAACAUUCCAUUGUAUGAUUGCAACUUGCCACAGCGGGCCUGCAAUGGUCCACUAUCCAGAGUUGAAACAUUUCAUCGGGUGAUUUAAAACUUUUCCCCUUCGAUGAUUCGUAACCCUGUAUCGUUUUAAACGAUUUUAGAUUUUUAUUUUGUUUUGUUAACGCUUGCUAUACUGUCAUAUUGUAUUAGACACAUGUUUAAGUCCUUUUGUUGUUGAUUUGUUUUUUUGUUGUUUUUAAAAUUGAAAUUAUAAUUCACUUCCGGCUUAGGUUACAUCACUACAUCAGUAUUGCGCUCUGGUGUGUGUGUGUGUGAGGUGUUAAUCAAACGAAUGACGAUAAUAAUUUAAAAAAAAAACAAAGGGAAAAUACAGAAAUGGAGAAAAUAAAAAAAACAGAGACGAUUGCAGCGUUAAACAACGAUAAUCAGACACUGAUGAGGAUGAGAGAAUGAUGAAUGCGUCCUUUUGCACCGCUAACCAUUGUAAACUGUAAAAUGAUUCAACUUUGCUAGAACGUUGCCGCUGUAGCUCAAGCAACGUUUUCUUUUUCUCUCGUUAUGCAUUGGCACGAUUGUCAGCUUAUCGAUGCGUUGUAAAAAUUAGAGGAAAAAAAAACCAAAAAAACACAACCCACAAAACUUAUAUCAAAAGCAGCAGUAAAGCACACUCGCCCAGCAAUGGUGGCGGGCUUGGGAGUUCAAUUGAACCGAUUAUCAUCCGACUUGACGCCGUACACAAAUCCCACUGCUUUCGUCGGGUCGGAAGGGCUGAGUAGUGGGAGAAUUUUAUUCCUAAAUUUGCUAACAAAAAAGUCAAGCGAGAAGCGAUGCGAUUGAUUGUAAAGAAUGGCUACAGCAAACCUAAAAGCAGUACGGACACACGCAUCGAUUGAGGCAUUCAAGCAGUGGAGUGAAUUUGGUUUUGGUGGAGGAGGGAGCACAGUGGCAAAUGGAGGAAAAAAAAGUAGCAAACAAGAGGCAAACCCCAAAAACCCACGUUUAAUCAUACCCCCUUUUAGUGUGUAAGAAGAUAGAAACAAUCCGCUCACCCUUCCUGGGUCAAAUCGAAUGAAUAAAAGGCAAAACCAUUAUGCGCGUAA